AUGUCUGACGCAGGAGCGCCCGACGCAACUGCCACCGACCCUGCCGCCGCCCGCAAGGAGCAGCAGGCCAGUGAUCUCGCGCGCGCUCAAGAGGCUGGAUGGAACAAUCCUGUUCCUUUUCAGUACGAGACCGUUGUCGGUGGCACUCCCGCUGAGGAUGAAACUCGCGACACAGCCGCAUGGCUGUCUGAUGCCGCCAUCUACCAGUGGGACGAUGAGUUCGGUGACGUUGGCGAGCCUAAUCCUGAGUUGGAGAAGAUGCUCUUCCACGACGAGUACCUCCAGCGCGCCGGUGGUGCUAUCAAGGCGCUCUCAUUCGACGUGACUCUCGAGGGCCCUACCAAGAUCAACCCUGUCCGCAACUUUGAAGAUGCUGGUCUUCACCCUGUCAUGCUCGAAAACGUCAAGUUGUGCCAAUACAAGUACCCGACUCCGAUCCAGUCGUACUGUAUCCCUUCCAUCCUCACAGGGCAUGACGUCGUCGCUGUUGCACAGACUGGCUCGGGAAAGACCGCUGCAUUUCUUCUCCCGAUCCUAUCCAAGCUCAUGGGCAAGGCCCGUCAGCUGGCUGCUCCGCGCCCAAAUCCCGUCCGUUACAACCCGCUAACUGACCGAGUCCGUGCUGAGCCGCUCGUUUUGGUCGUCUGCCCUACUCGCGAGCUCGCUUGUCAGAUCUUCGAUGAGGUGAGAUUUCUACCCUAG